UAAAAGCUACGUGUCAUACAUCUUCUUUCUCUUUCCUUCUCUACCCAAACCGCUAAAACCCCCAAAACUCCAUAGACGGAGCUUGUCUGAGCUCUCUCAAAUGACGAAAUUGGCCCUCUCCUACCAACAAAUUCUCUCCCCUAUCCUCACCCCCACCUCCACCUCCCCCUCCUACCUCCAGUUCCCCGCCAAAUUCCACCGCCACCUACACCACCACCACAUCCCCUUCCUCCGCCGCGGCCUCGCCGUUGUCGCCAAAGCGAAGAGCAGAGAGCUCAUCCUUGGCAACCCUAGCGUCACCGUCGAGAAAGGCAAGUACAGCUACGACGUCGAAACCCUAAUCAACAAGCUCUCCAGCCUCCCGCCGCGCGGCAGCAUCGCUCGCUGUCUCGAUACGUUCAAAAACAAACUCUCGCUCUCCGAUUUCUCUCAUGUGUUCAAGGAAUUCGCUCAGCGUGGCGAUUGGCAGCGCUCUCUCCGCCUCUUCAAGUAUAUGCAGCGGCAGAUUUGGUGUAAGCCUAACGAACAUAUUUACUCUAUAAUUAUCGGAAUUCUGGGCCGCGAAGGACUUCUGGAUAAGUCCGCCGAUAUUUUCGAUGAAAUGGUAGAGCAUUCAGUUCCUAGGACUGUGCUUUCGUACACUGCGAUUAUCAAUGCUUAUGGUCGAAAUGGACAAUAUGAGGUUGCUCUGGAACUGCUGGACAGAAUGAAGAAGGAGAGGAUUUUGCCGAAUAUCUUGACCUAUAAUACCGUGAUAAAUUCGUGUGCUCGAGGAGGGUACUCAUGGGAGGGGUUGUUGAGCUUGUUUGGGGAAAUGCGGCAUGAGGGGAUUCAGCCGGAUUUGGUUACUUACAAUACAUUGUUGAGUGCGUGUUCGAGUAGAGGAUUGGGGGAUGAGGCAGAGAUGGUGUUUAGGACCAUGAAUGAGAGUGGUGUUUUACCUGAUAUCACGACGUAUAGUUAUCUAGUUGAAACGUUUGGAAAGCUGGGGAAGUUGGAGAAGGUUUCCGAGCUGCUUCGAGAGAUGGAGGCUGGGGGAAAUUUGCCCGAGAUAAUGAGUUAUAAUGUGUUGUUGGAGGCUUAUGCCCAAUCAGGGAAGAUAAAGGAGGCUAUGGGUGUUUUUAGGCAAAUGCAGGCUGCAGGGAGCAUGCCAAAUGCUGGGACGUAUAGCAUCUUGUUAAAUUUGUUUGGGAAGCAUGGGAGGUACGAUGAGGUGAGGGAGCUUUUUCUUGAAAUGAAGAUAAGUAACACUCAGCCGGAUGCAGACACGUAUAAUAUACUUAUUGAGGUCUUUGGUGAAGGAGGAUAUUUCAAGGAGGUGGUGACAUUGUCUCAUGAUAUGCUCGAAGAGAAUGUAGAGCCGAAUAUGGAGACUUAUGAAGGGUUGAUUUACGCUUGUGGUAAGGGUGGGCUUCAUGAAGAUGCAAAGAGAAUUUUACAUCACAUGAAUGAGAAAGGAUUGGUACCAAGUGCCAAAGCAUAUACGGGGGUGAUUGAAGCAUAUGGUCAGGCAGCUCUAUAUGAGGAGGCUCUUGUUGCCUUUAAUACGAUGAAUGAGGUGGGGAGCACGCCGACUAUUCAGACCUAUAAUGCUCUGAUUCAUAGUUUCGCAAAGGGGGGACUCUACAAGGAAACUGAAGCUAUUUUGUCAAGAAUGGGUGAGUUGGGUGUUCCCCGUAAUAGAGAUUCGUUGAAUGGUGUGAUUGAAGCAUAUAGGCAGGGAGGCCAAUUUGAAGAUGCCAUAAAGGCUUAUGUUGACAUGGAGAAGGUGAGAUGUGAUCCUGAUGAAUACACUCUUGAGGCAGUCUUGAGUGUCUAUUGCUUUGCCGGCCUUGUUGAUGAAAGUGAGGAGCAGUUUCAGCAAAUUAAGGAGUUGGGUUUACAGCCCAGUGUGAUGUGCUAUUGUAUGAUGCUGGCAGUUUAUGCCAAAACUGAGAGGUGGGACAAGGCUGAUGAAUUGCUAAAUGAGAUGCGCACAAAUAGGUUCUCUAAUAUUCACCAGGUUAUUGGACAAAUGAUCAAAGGAGAUUUGGACGACACAAGUAAUUGGCAAAUGGUGGAAUAUGCAUUCGACAAACUGAACUCUGAGGGAUGUGGAUUUGGGAUCAGGUUUUAUAACACAAUUAUAGAAGCACUUUGGUGUUUGGGCCAAAAGGAAAGGGCUGCAAGAGUGCUUGGCGAAGCAACAAAAAGGGGCCUGUAUCCAGAACUAUAUCGCAAAAACAAACUCAUAUGGUCCGUGGAUGUUCACAGGAUGUGGCCUGGUGGCGCAUGCACAGCAAUAUCAGUCUGGUUGAACAAUAUGCAAGAGCUGCUAGCUAAUGGGGAGGAACUUCCUCAACUGGCAACCGCAGUUGUUGUGCGAGGGCAUAUGGAAAGGAGCUCAAUAACACGGGAUUUCCCUGUCGCGAAGGCUGCUUACUCUUUGCUUAAAGAUGUAUCGUCAUCCUUCUGUUUCCCCGGGUGGAACAAGGGGAGAAUAAUCUGCCAAAAGGCUCAGCUCAAGCGCAUCUUUUCUCAAGACUCGGAUAACGAAAACAGAGUUAACUUAUCGAACUCUCCUUUCCCCCUCUCUGGAACGAGGGCAUCCGCAAGGGACCCAAAGCAACACAAGAGCUCCGACGCCAAUGAUGUGAGUUUUAGGACAAACACAGAACUCAUGGCAAGCGGUGUAUGAACGUCUGAGUAACGGGUCAAUCGCUGUCCCCUGAUCCCUUCACCCCCCACCCCAACGGGGCCAAGAAACACAAGAAGCAGCAGCAGCAGCUCCACUGACAGUGUACAUUCCGACCUUGAAUGGCGCCUAAAAGCCUCAAGCAAUGAGUGCAAUGCUGCCUAACAGAGGCGAUUUGACGCAAGGUGAGUGCUUUCCAAUGUGAAGAAGACCCAACGGGUCCACUUACGUUGUGUCGGGAAACCUUAAAAUAUGCAUGAAAAAUCUGUUGGGUCCAUGCGGCCACAUGGAGUCGCAUAUAUAUCGUGUAUAUUUCAAUUCAUGUUCCGUAAAAAUCUCCAAACUUGAUCCACCACAUAAUCAAGUGAAAGAUCAUUGAUGGAUCCAUUA